CGGCGGGUCCCAGUCCGGGCGAUGGUUGGUUGGACUGAAACGAGCCCGGACGGGUUGCGGAGCUGGAGGGGGUGGCAGUGAGCGGCGGCGGAGGCUGUGGGGUUCCAUUUGGCUGACUGGGGAGUCGGCAGGCGGCAGUCCAUCGCACUUUGACCACGCCACCCCAUUCAGAAAAAAGCCUGUUCCCGGUUUUUAUGACUGCAGCUUCAGAUCUUGCAGUCGGAUCCUCUCAAGCGGAUCUCAGGUCGUGUGGGCCCAUCCUUCACUUUUUCUCUUUCAAACAUGUUAGUCCGGAAGGGAAGUCUGCAUGCACAUGAGUAGAAUGCUGCUCUUACUGAUGACUGACAACUACUGCUUAACACAGCAAACAUCCUGAGAGCAGCAUCUUUGUCCAGAUGAGAUUUGCUAUGACUUUCAUCUCAGUUUCCCUUGCCUUCUGGUGGCUUUGGAAUAUGUCCCUCCCUGUUCAAACCCUCCAGCCCCCACUAAUCCAGUUUCCCCUUGGAAAACAGAUGGUGACUUAGAGCCUUGGAAAGAGGGGAGUGCUGUGGCCAUCAAUCCCCUCUAAUCUGGUGGCAGACGGCACUAUGGCCUGUGGUUGCUACUGAGGGAUCAGAGUACUAAAGGCUUGUGCUUGGGGUGAUAGUGAAGCUCUGCUUUGCUCUGUUUCCUCCCGUGUUCACUCUGAUUCUCCACCCCCCACCACAACACACACACAGUUUUUUUCAAUUCUGGUUUAGCUCAAUUUCCUGAGAAAUGAGGAACUCCGUAUGUUCAAGUGUGGUCCCAUGGACCACAGUAUCUCUUCCCUGGCAUCCCCAUACCCCCUAAACCCCACUAGCUAAAAUGAGUUGGGAGGGAGUUGGCUUCAGACUCUUCACUCAAAUCUGAUCUGUAGCUCUGCAUCUACAAGCUUUCAGUUUACAUGUUUGGGUUGAUUUCUGGUUGGACAUGUUUUCUAAAAUCUUUUCUAGCUCUUAAGUGCUAUGAUUCUAACAAUGGUUUCUGUUUCUUUUUACUGACCGUGAAGAAUGAUAGCAUCAGAUACUUUUUUAGUGUUACCACACUGGCAGCAGUGCACUUGUUAUUAUUUGUAGCACAGAUAGACGUCUGACCAGCCUCACCACUUCUGCAUCCUCCAUUCUUUCAACAAGCAAUUAUUGAGCCCUUCUAUGAGCCAGAUUAUCGUGCUAGGCAUUUUGUAAACUUUUCAUUUAUACCUUUACCAAGUGUAUAUAUAGAACAAUAAAGGGAUAGAGCUGGAAAGACCUUAGCAUUUAACCCUACCCUGUCACUGAAUGAGGACACAAGGAGAUUGAGUUCCAGCAGGGUUGGGUGAUUUGCCCAAGGUCACAGAGCUACUAAAGGGCAGUAUGGAGCCCUAAGUAGUCAGGUUAUGGGGUGGAUGAGAGUAAGUCUAGUCCUUGAGGCAGGCAUUUCCUAUAGAGCUCAGGAAUACCAGAGGUGGUUGAGGACAGUCUGAAAGGUGGAGAAUCUGAAAAGGAAUGUUUCUGGGUUUUUUGUAGAACAGGAGAGAUGGCAUAUAAUUCGUGUUCAUUAACAGGUGAGGAAUGCAUCUUAUUUGCAAGCUGUUGCUGUAAAGAGUAUUUUGGCAAAUAGGAAACUCUCCAUUAGCCACAGUAAGGGAAUGAACAGUGAUGUGGACAAUCUGAGUCACUUGGAUUUGUUGUGGGGUAAAAUGUUCGUCUCUUACAUUUGACUAUAGCCAUACACUAUUUUGAAAACUCAUGCUUCAAGCCAAGUCAUGGUUCCAAGCAACAGGACUCCCAACUCAAGAGGAAGUAGGAAGGCUGACUUUUUCCUUUCUCUCUUUUCUACACUGCUUCUUAAAUCUCUUAGCUCCUAGGAGUGAUAGGAAUGGCCAGUUUCUUUAUUCUGAUGCACAGUAGGUCCUUACUGAAUUGUCUUUCUUCUCUUUGCUGGUCUUGUCUCCCGGAUUCCUUUUUGCCUUAGGUCAUUACAGGGCUUGUGGAAGGAGGUAUUGAAGUGGUUUUUUUUGUUUGUUUUUUGUUGUUGUUGUUUUGAAAGGCCUUUAGUGAUAAGCCAGUGUGCAAGGAGAGUACCUUGCUCCAGUUACUGAACUGAAACCAUCACUCCGGUGGAGCAGCCUCCUCCAGUUUCUGUUGGGUUUUGAGCUGCCUGUUAAAUAAGUCAGUGGAGUUGCUGAGGACAGAGUAGCCCUAGGGAAAGUCAGAUAAUUUCUUUUCUGGUAAGGGCUUUAAGCUGCAGAAUUGAGGAGACUAACGUUGAAGGAGCCAUGACUUCUGUGCUGGACGUUGCCUGGGCAGCUGACCUGCCAUGGCUAUUGAGUGAGGUAGAAAUCACAUAGAGGAGAUGAAGGUACUUGCAAAGGUGGGAAGGCUGGUUAGGAAGCCUGGGGCCAAGGGCAGCAGCUGUAGAGAAGACUCAUGAGUGUCCAGCUAGAACUGGGCAGGGGAGACUCAUCACAGAGGAUAGGCUCUGUGGUCUUCAUGAACCACAGCAUGAAGGUCCCUCUCCCACUGCCAGGGUCUCCUGCCUGUGGUGUUAUUCUGCUGUGAACAACUGAAAUUGUCUUGGCUUUUGUAUCCUUGGGGUGGGGCUGGGACUGGAAUUGGAGACAAAGCAUCUUAUGUCAUGCAGGAUAGCUGAGGUGUCCUGACCGGAGGCAGGGACUCUCAUGCUACCAGGUUGGGUCUGGUGGCCUGUAAAUCAGCCCAGAGGAAAUAGGAAAGAUGAAUAUCUUUUGCAGAGAUUCAGCACCAGGGCAGAUCUAGAUGUAGGAUCCACAUGCUAUGCACUUACUCCCCCACUGGCCCUUCCUUGGUGAAGAACCAUUGUCAGGAGGUAGGUCGAUGGGCUGGAGCAGGCAGGGUACCCCUGGAGUCCUCUGCUAUGAUGGCCAUGUCCACAGGGGCAUGGUGGCAGCUUUGUGCAUGUCAGCUGUGCUCCACCCAGGCGACUCCAGAGACCCUGCCUUGGCCUGGAGCAGCCUGCCUCUCCCUCAGCACUUUACCGUGGCCCUUCGCUCUAGGUGUGCCUCAUCUUGGAUUUGCGGUGCACCCAAGUGGUGUGAUGUAAGUAGGAUUUCUGCAGGCUCAGAGCCUCCGGCCCCUACCCCGUGUGAUCUGGUUGGGACGCCGGCACCAGCCAUUCCGCAGAGAAGUGAAGUGACCUCCCUACUUCCCACAGCUGGUGACUGGCCCAGGUGGGCCUCAUCCUAGGUCUUUGCCUCCUCCUCCCUGGUGGGCUAGGGAGGGCCGGGACCGGGCUGGCUCCUCCCAAUGGUGUGCUCUCCUAGGAGCCAUGCGGAGCCCGCGGAGCCUGCUGCUGGGGCCCGCCCGCCUCUGCCUGCGCCUGCUUCUGUUCCUGGGCUCCAGGCGCCGCCGCCUGCCUCUGCUCCGGGGCCUGGUACAGCGCUGGCGCUACGGCAAGGUCUGCCUGCGCUCCCUGCUCUACAACUCCUUUGGGGGCAGUGACACCGCUGUCGAUGCUGCCUUUGAGCCUAUCUACUGGCUGGUGGACAACGUGAUCCGCUGGUGUGGGGUGGUGUUUGUGGUGCUGGUGAUUGUGCUGACCAGCUCCAUCGUGGCCAUCGCCUAUCUGUGUGUCCUGCCUCUCAUCCUCCGAACGUACUCAGUGCCACGGCUCUGCUGGCACUUCUUCUACAGCCACUGGAAUCUGAUCCUUAUCGUCUUCCAUUACUACCAGGCCAUCACCACUCCACCUGGAUACCCACCCCAGGGCAGGAAUGAUAUCGCAACAGUCUCCAUCUGUAAGAAGUGCAUUUACCCCAAGCCAGCCCGAACACACCACUGCAGCAUCUGCAAUAGGUGUGUGCUGAAGAUGGAUCAUCACUGCCCCUGGCUAAACAACUGUGUGGGCCACUAUAACCAUCGGUACUUCUUCUCUUUCUGCUUUUUCAUGACGCUGGGCUGUGUCUACUGCAGCUACGGGAGUUGGGACCUUUUCCGGGAAGCUUAUGCUGCCAUCGAGAAAAUGAAACAGCUCGACAAGAACAAACUACAGGCGGUUGCCAACCAGACUUAUCACCAGACCCCACCACCCACCUUCUCCUUCCGAGAAAGGGUGACUCACAAGAGUCUUGUCUACCUCUGGUUCCUGUGCAGUUCCGUAGCACUUGCCUUGGGUGCCCUAACUGUAUGGCAUGCUGUUCUCAUCAGUCGAGGUGAGACUAGUAUCGAAAGGCACAUCAACAAGAAGGAGAGACGUCGGCUGCAGGCCAAGGGCAGAGUUUUUAGGAAUCAUUACAACUACGGCUGCUUGGACAACUGGAAGGUAUUCCUGGGUGUGGACACAGGAAGGCACUGGCUUACUCGGGUGCUGUUACCUUCCAGUCAUCUGCCCCAUGGGAAUGGAAUGAGCUGGGACCCCCCUCCCUGGGUGACUGCUCACUCAGCCUCUGUGAUGGCAGUGUGAGCUGGAUUGUGUCAGCCACAGCUUGAGCACCACUCUGCUUCCUGCAUUGUCUCAAGGGCCUCCAAGGAUAGCUUCUUGGAAUCCUUGGGCAAAAAAAGUCAGUGGGCCUGCCGUAGAGUACCAUGUAGGGACAACUCAAGGACCAGUCUCCUGGCUAUUGCAGAAACAAGGCAUGAUGUGGAAAAAUCCUAGGACUGAUGUACCUUGACUCAGCUCAGGCAAACUGAAAUUCCAGCCCCAGACUGGAGAUUAGGCAGCUAGCAACCCUGCCAGGUGCUGACCCCAACCUCCUCCAGGUUCCAGCACUGGGGUUGGCCACCACCUCUGCCACUUGCUAUCUGAGAAAACACCUGAACAGUAGAACGGAGAUUCUGGCUUCCCAACAGGGCAAGACACCAGGCCUACUGCUGAGGUCACUGCCACUUCUCACAUGCUGCUGAAGGUGAAAAAUAAAGACCCUUCUCACCUCGGGAAGCAGCAUGGAAGCCCUGGACCAAAGCCGGCACAUUAUCUGUGAAGAACCGCUGGCGGAACAUGAUCCGCACCUCAGCAUGGCCAGCACGGGUCAGCACGUCCGUGCAGUCAGACAUGA